UGCUCAGUUCACUUUUUUUCUGUUUCUUUUGAGCAGUUGCAACAAUGAGCGUCUUCCACGACGAGGUCGAGAUUGAGGACUUUGAGUACGACGCCGAGAGCCGCAUUUACAUUUACCCGUGCCCAUGCGGCGACAAGUUCCAAAUCACACUGGAGGAGCUGCAUGACGGUGAGGACGUGGCGCGGUGUCCGAGCUGCUCGCUGCUCGUCAAGGUCAUUUUCAACCCCGACAACUUGCCGCCGCUCGACGACUCAGACGCAAGCACUGCGCCACCGAACGCGCCCGCUCCAGUCGCAGUGCAUUAAGCAGCAUUUGAAAAUCGGUGACCGCGCAAAAACCCCAACCGACUGUUGGUGAAAGGCUCGUUUCCGACGUGAUUGGUACAUUAUUAUGUGGAUUGUUUGAAUUGAAAUCGUUUGAGUGCUGAAAGAGUGUUGGGGAUUCAGAGUAUUGAGUUCAAUAACAACCCAACAUUCUUCCUCUCCUUCAACGUCGCAAGAGUACGACGGCAUGGCGAGCAGUGAAAAAAAGCGAGGCUCAAACGUGAAAAAUCGCUCAACGUUCAAACCUUUACUCCUGACGAGCUCCGUUGCACACAUCCUUUUCGCAUGUUCCUAUUG